CGACCACUGCAACUUAUUUUAACUUUUUCUUUAGGGAAUGGAAAACUGCGGGACGGAAAAGACCCCUGUGUCCUCUAGAACAAAAGAUUAACUUUGUGGACAAACGCGCCUGGCGGGCGUGGGUGGGGUGUAAACGUAGUCCCGGCGAGAGGGUCAUGACCCCGGACGUCAGCGGUCGGCGCGCAGUUCAGUUUGGCGGUCUCGCAUCUGCAGUCGAAGUGGGGCGUGAUGUGGUCCCGAAUAAACCGAGCGGCGGAGGAGUUUUACUCUCGUCUCCUGCAGGAGUUUGAUGAAGAAAAGAAAGGAGUCCAUAAAGAUCCAUUUAUCUAUGAGGCUGAUGUUCAAGUGCAGUUGAUCAGCAAAGGCCAACCAAAUCCUUUGAAAAAUAUUCUAAAUGAAAAUGACCUAGUAUUCAUCAUGGAGAAAUUGCCUUUAGACAAGGAAGAAACAAGUCAUGUUGAAGAACCACAAUGUGAAGAAACAGCUAUUUCUGAUUUCUCUACUGGGGAGAAUGUUGGACCACUUCCUUUACCAGUUGGGAGAGCAAGGCAGUUAAUCGGACUUUACACCAUGGCUCACAAUCCUAAUAUGACCCACCUGAAGAUUAAUCAGCCGGUUACUGCCCUUCCUCCCCUGUGGGUAAGGUGCGACAGUUCAGAUCCUGAAGGGACCUGUUGGCUUGGAGCUGAGCUCGUCACCACAAAUCACAGCAUUACAGGAAUUGUCUUAUAUACAGUCAGUUGUAAAGCUGAUAAAAAUUACUCUGUAAAUCUUGAAGACCUGAAAAGUUCACAUAAGAAAAGACAUCAUUUAUCUACUGUAACAGCCAGGGGCUUCGCCCAGUAUGAGCUCUUUAAGUCCACAGCCUUGGAUGACACACUUGCUACGUCACAAACUACAAUCACUUUGGAUAUUUCCUGGAGUCCCGUUGAUGAGAUUCUUCAAAUCCCUCCUCUUUCUUCAACUGCAACUCUGAAUAUUAAAGUGGAAUUGGGAGAGCCCAGAGGUCCUUUGAAUCAUCUUCAGAGAGAACUGAAAUUUCUCCUUGUUUUGGCUGAUGGUUUGCGGACUGGUGUAACCGAAUGGCCUGAGCCUCUGGAAGUAAAAUCUGCUGUUGAACUUGUGCAGGAAUUUCUGAAUGACUUAAAUAAGCUGGAUGGAUUUACUGAUUCUACAAAAAAAGACACAGAGACGGUGAAGCAUGACAGUGCUGCGGUUGACCGCUCCAUCGAGUGUCUCUUCACAGUACGGGGGGAUCUGGAUUUUGCCGAGCAGCUGUGGUUCAAAAUGAGUGGUAGCGUGAUUUCGUAUCAAGAUUUGGUGAAGUGCUUCACCUUGGUCAUCCAGAGUCUCCAACGUGGUGAUAUCCAGCCGUGGCUCCACAGCGGGAGUAACAGUUUACUAAGUAAGCUUAUCCAUCAGUCUUAUCAUGGAACCAUGGACUCAGUUGCUCUCAGUGGGACUAUUCCAGUCAAGAUGCUUUUGGAAAUUGGUCUGGACAAACUAAAGAAAGAUUAUAUCAGUUUUUUCAUAGGUCAGGAACUUGCAUCUUUGAAUCACUUGGAAUAUUUCAUUACUCCAUCAGUAGAUAUACAAGAACAGGUGUAUCGUGUUCAAAAACUCCACCAUAUUCUAGAAAUAUUAGUCAGUUGCAUGCUUUUCAUUAAGCCCCAACAUGAGCUCCUCUUUGCUUUAACACAGUCCUGUGUAAAAUACUACAAACAAAAUCCUCUUGAUGAACAACACAUUUUUCAGCUACCAGUCAGACCAACUGCUGUAAAAAGCUUAUAUCAAAGUGAGAAGCCACAGAAAUGGAAAGUGGAAAUAAGUGGUGGUCAGAAGAAGGUGAAAACAGUUUGGCAGCUGAGUGACAGCAUACCGGUAGACCAUCUGAGUUUCCAUAAACCUGAUGUUUCUGAAUUGACAUUGAACAGUAGCCUGGAAGAAAGGAUGUCCUUUACUAACCUGGUUACCUGCAGCCAGGUGCAUUUCAAGUGAAGUCUGCUGAUGGGGUCCUCUGUAAGCACAAGACCAAAAAAAAAUUUUUUUAUCACAAAGCCUGAAAACAGAAUCGUAUAUAAACCUUCAAAGCAGAGAAAGGAGGAAGAUCCUGAAGAUUCCUGAUGAAAGAUGAAUCUACAGAAUGGGCAACCCUCUCUCAGCUCUGGCCCUGAAGCAGGAGCAGCAGGAGAACAGCAGAUAUUAGUAUGCACAGGGUGCAAACUGUAGGUACCACGAUCUCUGUCACCAUCUGCAUGUGACUUAGUAGAGGCUCUGAAACAGGAGGGAGAACACCACAAAUGAGCAGGUCAUCAUUUCAGCGAAUAUAGCCUCAUCCUGAAAGAUUCAACCAUACUUGCAAAAAUUUGGAAAAUGGCAUCAUCAAGCUUUGUAAUUAUUCUCACUUACUCCAAAAGAGAACAUGGUGAAUUAAAUGUUCUUAAAAAUAUGUGAGGGCUUUAUAAAAUAUUUCACAAAGUGUGGGCUAAAGAAUGCCUACAUUUGGUUCUUCCAGAGGUAUUGGAAUAAAACCUAACGGUAUGUUAUACUUACCAUAAAUUCAUGUGAAGAUAUUAAAAAGCAUGUUCCCUGGUUUCUGUAAUUUUCACUGUGGGGGGUUUGUGAAAGAAAAUCCUUGGGAAGCAUCUCUAACCCUUCAAAGAUGUCACUGUGUAACUUAAGAGGUGUAGGAGUUUCCAUAUUGAAAGUUUGUGUGGCAACUCUUGUGUAGUUAAGUAAUAAUCUCGAAGAGUUGAACAAUGAGCACUGUUCACGUACAUGAUUAUAGUAGUGGACAUUUAUAUAGUUUCUACUUUUAGGUUUUGUGCCUGGCACCCUGGCUACCAUAAUGAAUAAGGCAUGAGGCCCUGGUCCCACAGAAUUCAUAGACUCAGCAGUAGAUCCCACAUCAUGUGUGUAGGUAAUAAAAUAUAAGUUUAUUUUGGUUUAAAGGAAUAUGCAUCCUUGCUAUUACCUGGUUAUUUAGAUGGGAGCAGGGCAUGGUAGUGGCCUGUAAAAUUGGCCUAUAAAAAAAAUAGCUCAACUGGAAAAAGAAAAAAAAAAAUAGCUGAAUUGGUAGGAUUUGUUUCGUCUAGCAUUUUCCACCUCUGAUACCACAUUAAAGAUGGGUUUGUUAAAACAGGAAGUACAUUUCUCUGAUUGCUCUUAGGGAAAGACAGAAUUCAAAGAAAUAAAUGCUGUGUGCUGGCAUUCGUUGGUGUGUAGAAGCAUCUUUGUUACUCUACAUCUCUGAGCCUUUUUGAUCCUGUUGCACAAGAAACCUUGCUUCUGUGAGGUCAGGAACUUUGUUUAGUUUAUUGCUGAGCUUAAAACACCCCCUAGCUAAUAGUGAGUGCUCAGUAAUUACUUUCUGGAUGAGAAUAUCAUAUCUGGAGUGUUCUUUGCCUUUUCUUUAUUCAAAUAUGGUUGCAUUUUUCCCUCCUUCCACAAAGCCCACUAUAACAAAAAUAGGUUUAUAAACUGGCUGUAUGAUUCAGAAAGAAUAAAACGAGGGUGGAUAAAGUAUUUCUCUUUUGUGGUAGAUUUUUAAAAUGUUGUUUGAAAUGCUUAUAAAACAGAAAUCUGACACUGUUUCAAAGUGAAGGAAUAAAUUCAUUUUUAAUUGUA